AUGGAUUACAUUCUGUAUGCUUCGGUGAUUCACAGAGAAAGACGAGAGUAUAUAGUGGUGGCUUCUUAUCCUCCUGAGGAUAAUCCUUAUUAUAGAGACAUUGUUCUUAAUACUAUUCGGGACUCAGCGAAUUCUGAAGAUGAUAAAAUUAGCAUUCCGUGCGAUAGAUUCGUGGCACAUAUCCUGACCGGGGAGUUGUACUAUACGUGCUUGACGCCCACGUCAGUUAAUAUCGAUUUCAACCCUCAAGAACUCUUGGAAAAAGUUAGAAGUGUCUAUCGCGAGCUAUCCAUUUUGGCGGACUUUUCUCAAGAAUUUCAAAAGUCAAAAGCCAAAUUUUCUGAGCCGCUCAAGGAAAUUAUUGAAACCAAAAAUUGUCAGAAUCUAACGUCUUUGCCGGUAGUCAAAGACGAGCUUGCUCAAGUGAGAAAAGUACUGAUCGAAUCCGUUCAAAAAUUAAUUGACAGAGGACAAAGGCUAGAAGAGCUCGUCAAAAAAACACAAAUUUUGGAAAUAACGAUGCGAAAAGAUUUUCAGUUAACUCAGCGAUCGACAAAAAAAAAACAUAGCAUCUGCUUUGCCGCUCUUUUAUCGAUUGUAAUGCUCCUGACAGGCUUAGCGUUUGGCAUUUUUGUUUACGUUCAAUUUAUGUGA